AUGUAUAGCUUAAAAAAGUCUGCAGGCGUGAGCCUCAUUGCCACGUUUUUCAUUGGCAGCGUGACUUCGAGCUCCUGCGGGAGCGAUCAGACGAUCUCCCGCGAUGUGGUUGUAGUCGGUGGCGGUGCGUCCGGUUCCCAUGCGGCCGUGUGGCUGCGCGACAAUGGAAUGAGUGUUGUUUUGGUGGAGAAGGACAGCCUGUUGGGCGGCCACACCAAAUACUAUACGGAUCCAGUCUCCAAUGAGACGCUUAAUAUCGGUGUGCAGGCGUGGAUGCAGUAUGAGAGCGCCUACGACUUUCCGACCCGUAUGAACGUGUCGACGAGCGGGUCAAUGAAGUUCACGACCAACACGAAUGCAUUCAUCGACUUCAAAACAGGUCUUCCGGUGCCCAACUAUGCCGCGCCCUCGUCCACGGACGAGUAUGCGGCCCUGGGCGUGUAUCUGAACCUGUUGGAGAAGUACCAAGACAUGCUGCUGCCGGGAUAUGACAACUUUCCCAACGCAAGCUCCAUCCCAGAGGAUUUGUCCAUGCCGUUCGGCGAGUUUGUUGUUAAGUACGGAAUCGAGGCUGCAGUGCCGCAGCUCUGGGACUCGACCGAUCAGGGUCUGGGCGAUACCAUGAACGUGUCGACAAUGUGGGUGAUGCAGGCGUCGACGACGCCCGAGGCCAAGGCCCUGCUAGGCACAGCUGCUGCCGCUGUUCCGGCUUCUGGCCGCCUGUGGGACUUAUACGAGAGCGUGCAGAACUUUUUGGGAAGCGACGUGCUGUACUCGACCUUGGUGACAGAGUCAACUCGGUCAGACACUAACGUCACGCUGAAGACGAUCAACACGGUCACGGGAGAGGUCACGUGCAUCGAGGCCAAACGCUUGCUGAUGGCCAUCCAGCCUACGCCGGAGAACCUGCUACCGUUUGAUAUUGACGCCAGCGAAAAGGCCGUCUUCAGCCAGUUCCAGUUCUCCACCCUCUAUGCAGGCAUCCUCCGCCACCCGUCUCUGCAGGUCAACACAUCUUACAACGACCGCUCUGCAGCACCUGGGUCCACCAACUACACUGUCUUCCCUGUCUACCCCCAGCUCGGCUUCUUGACCUACAUUGGCGGCACGGAGGACUUGUUCCACUUCACAGCCGUUGGAACUGAGGACUAUGAUGCAGAGCGCAUGAAGGCUCUCAUCGCCCAGUCUAUUGACAAUAUGAUUGUGGCUGGCACCAUUCCCAAGACUGAUGGCACCCUUACCUUCUCUUACUUUGCUGAUCACGGCAAGAUGCACCCUCGCCUGACCGCGGAAGUCCUCAAGACCGGCUUGAUUCAGGAGCAGCUCGCUCUCCAGGGUCACCGCUCCACGUGGUACACUGGUGGCGCCUUUGCCGCCCCAUUUUCGACCAUCUUGUGGGAAUUCAACAAGGAGCUCUUGCCUAACGUGAUUAAGGGGAUGUAG